AUGAUUCAAAGUAUCGGAAGAAAUCUUAUAAAGACCAAGUUUACAGGUCAUUCUCCUUUGAAGGUCUGCUGGACCUCAUGUGUGAUGCAAAGUUAUCUUCCGAUCAGGUCUUAUGUGCCUUUAAUAAAAUUUAGAGGAAACAGACUGCUAGGUGGAGCAGGCCCAGAAGAUUCCAGUAGUUUAAAUUCCUCAAGCCAAGGAUCCGAGGAUCAGUUACAAGGUCCAUUUGAAUUUUGGGAUGUUCCUGAAAAAUUCGGAAAUAUUAGACUCUCUGAAGAAGAUAUGAAUAUGUAUAUCCAAGGUGCAAAUGAUGAUGUCCCUAAUUGGGAAAAUAUUAUUCUGUAAAAUCUUCAAAAAGCAGGUAUAAAAAUAUUCAAGCGAACUAAUGU